AUGGUUAUUAUUAUUCGUAGUGAUCUGGAAGGUCUUCUCCGUACCUUCUACAAAAACAUAUUCGCGUUAAAAGAUGCUGGCGGUCUAGAUAUAUACCCUAUCUUCAACAUUUUACCAGAUAGAAAGUUAUAUAUGGAUUACUAUGAACAGAUUCCUAAACCUAUUUCAUUAAAUACAUUAAAGAAAAGAAUUCCACAUUACACCGAGGCUCAAGAUUUCUUAAAUGAUGUAGCUCAGAUGACUUGGAACGCCAAAACAUAUAAUACAAAAGAAUCGCAAAUUCAUAAAUAUGCCAAGAUUUUAGAAAAAUACCUCAUAGAGGAUAUGUUUCCACAACUACAGGAGAAAUAUCCUCAUGUUAGAUAUCCAUAUUUAGGUCCUUUACCAGAUGCCGACGAUGAGGCAGAACAGAUUGCCCUUAGAGAUAAACAAAGAUUGGAAGAUGAAAAGAAUGGCAUCAAACCGGAGGAUUUAAUUAAGAAACCACCAACGCCAGUAGAAUCCAAAAAGUUUACAGAAGAGGUGAAUGAAAGACCAAAGAGAAACAUUAGAACUAUGGAGGAGAGGAAAGUCGUUAUGGAAGAUUCUACUGAUGAGGAUGAAAAUUAUAAUCCUAUGAGAAAUAACGAGUCGAAAAUGAGAACGACUAGAACGCAACCGAGAGUUCAAUAUGAUACGUUGAAUGGUUCUGAUGAUGGAUCUACAUUUUCACGUUCCAAUACACCUCAAACAGGGAAGGUCAUUCAUUCGAAGUCAACUGCACCAAAGACAAGUAUAAGACGUGGUAGACCUCCAGUAAUUGAUCUACCAUAUCUCCAAAGAGUAAAAAAUGUUUUAAAGAAUUUACGGAGAGAAACUGAUAGAUCCAAAAAUCCAUUAAUUUCAGUAUUUGAAGCGGUACCAGAUGAAAUGCGCCGCGGGAAGUAUCUUAGCAUGAUUCCCAAUCCUAUCUGUAUAGAAGAUAUGAGGACUAAAUUACGACUUCGAACAUAUUCUAAUUUCCAAGCUUUCCAAAAUGAUUUUGCACAAAUGUUAACAAAUUAUAGAGUAUUUUACGGUAACAAUCACGAAAUUGUUGAUAUAAUAAUUCGCUUGGAAAAAGUGUUUAAAGUACUUUGUAAGCAUGAAUUAGCCAGACCAGACAAGUAUUUCCUAUCUGAUGGUAUCUUGAGGUAUCCAAUAGAUAACAUUGUUGUUAAUAAUGUGAAAUUUGUCAUAGGUGAUUGGGUUCUAUUAAAAAAUCCAAACGAUCCAUCUAAACCAAUAAUUGCUGAAAUUUUUAAAUUAUGGCGUACUGAGGAUGGACAGGAGUGGCUGAAUGCAUGUUGGUAUUUUAGACCUGAGCAAACUGUACAUAGGGUAGAUCGAUUAUUCUACAAGAAGGAAGUUAUGAAGACAGGUCAAUAUAGAGAUCAUGUGAUAGAAGAUAUUGUUAGUAAAUGUUAUGUUAUCCAUUUUACGCGUUAUCAACGUGGUGAUCCUGAAUUCCCAGUUGAUGGUCCUCAAUUUGUCUGUGAAUAUCGUUACAAUGAAUCGGAUAAAAUUUUUAACAAAAUUAGAACAUGGAAAGCAUGUUUACCUGAAGAAGUUAGAGAUAUUGAAGAACCAACGAUACCUGUUAAUGGUAGAAAAUUUUUCAAAUAUCCAUCUCCAAUAAGAAAUUUGUUGUCCAAAGAUGCCACUGUGAAUAGUAAAAUUCCUCCAGCUGUGCAAGGAAAUUCCGCUGGUCCACCACUGUUAGGUGCUGUGUAUAUGAGACCAAAACUCGAUAGGGAUGAUCUUGGGGAAUAUUCCACUUCACCUGAUUGUCCAAGGCAUAUUAUUAGACCUGGUGACCCCCCUGAAGAAGGUAAAAUUGAUUUCGAAUCGGGGACUAUUAUUACGGAUUCUAUUACAACGACAGCUUUUACAAAACCAUUUACAAAUUCUCAGACACGAUUAUCAGAAAUAAGUACUGAUAGGCUCCAGGGUAGAGUUCCAUCAAGUGGAAAUUUCCAAAAUUUUUCCAAUAAUUAUAGAAAACCAAAUUUACCAGAAAGUAGUACUUCAUUAAUUGGUAUUUCUCAGGAUCCACUUACUGCUAAAAAAUUAGCUGAUUUACAAGUGAGAAGAUUCUAUACAAGACAGCAAAUGUUAUCGAAGAAAAAUGAUAACAUGAAUCAGGAUGUAACACAGACAGUUAAAGACGUUUCUUUGCAGAUGACUAAGACGGCAUUAAUUCCUAUAGAUAUCGAUCAUCCACUAAGUUAUAUAUUGCCAAUUUCGAUUUCAAAGAAUACAAAUGUUUUACAAAGAACCGAUUAUGAAAAUUAUCAAAGAACCACAUCGUCGCAAGCAGAUAUUCCUUCAACAUCUCGUAAGCGGUUUAGAGGGGAAGCAUUAUGGUUUAGUGGACCGAGUAUAGAUAUUUCAGAGAGAUAUAUAAACCUCGGUGAAGAAGCAACCCGUACUUAUUUGAACAAAAUAUUUAAAAAGACGAAAUUAGAUUAUGACGAGACUACGGAAAUAUUAGACAGCAGAAAUAGAAUUCUCAGUAGACACCAACAAGCCAAAAUUAUAUCUAAAUAUCACUUGGAGGAUGAGGAAGAAGUAAAUACCGUCAACGAAACUAUAGAUAAUCAAACCAAGGAAAGAGACACAUCUGAAGUCGUGGAGGAACAUAACUAUGAUGACGAGAAUAAAAUUAUUCCCGGAACUUUUGUUUUUGGUUUACGUCCAUCAAGUAAAUUCAUUGCUCAUAAAUUGAAAUUAAAUGAAAUAAUAUAG